GUCAGUCGCCAGCGGAUCCCGCGCGCUGGAGAAGUGCAGUUCCCCCUGGUUACCAACUCGUCCGUUCUCCCUUCGCGCUGCGGGCGCUGUCGAAGAGCACUCACCACAGAUACAGCCAAGCCGUUCCUCCCUGCGGUGUCGCCGCCGCUGUUGCAUCCGUCCGGAGCUAGUGCGCUGUCUUCCUCCCCCACCACUGACAGGCGCCCUUAGGGAGCCGCCGUCAGAGAUGUCAAGCGAGGAAAGCUACCGGGCCAUUCUUCGCUACCUGACAAACGAGCGUGAGCCGUAUGCUCCGGGCACGGAGGGCAAUGUCAAGCGUAAAAUCCGCAAAGCGGCCGCCUGCUAUGUGGUGCGCGGUGGGACCUUGUACUACCAGCGGCGGCAGCGGCACCGCAAGACCUUCGCGGAGCUGGAAGUGGUGCUGCAGCCCGAGCGGCGCCGCGGGCUCAUCGAGGCGGCGCACCUGGGCCCGGGCGGCACUCACCACACCCGGCAUCAGACCUGGCAUGACUUGUCCAAGACUUACUGGUGGCGAGGUAUAUUAAAGCAAGUGAAAGAUUACAUUAAACAGUGUAGCAAAUGCCAGGAAAAACUAGAUCGUUCCCGUCCAAUAUCAGAUACUUCAGAAAUGUUAGAAGAAUUGGGACUAGACCUUGAGUCUGGAGAAGAAAGUAAUGAAUCAGAGGAUGAUCUGAGCAAUUUUACUUCAGCUCCAACUACAGCCUCCAAGCCUGCAAAAAAGAAGCCAGUAUCCAAACAUGAACUUGUAUUUGUUGACACCAAAGGAGUGGUGAAACGUUCUUCUCCAAAACAUUGUCAGGCUGUCUUAAAGCAGCUCAACGAACAGAGACUCUCCAACCAGUUCUGUGAUGUUACUUUGUUAAUUGAGGGAGAGGAGUACAAAGCUCAUAAAUCUGUUUUGUCAGCUAAUAGUGAAUAUUUUCGAGAUCUUUUUAUUGAGAAAGGAGCUGUUUCCAGUCAUGAGGCAGUGGUGGAUCUUUCUGGUUUUUGUAAGGCAAGCUUCCUUCCUUUAUUGGAAUUUGCCUAUACUUCUGUGCUAAGUUUUGACUUCUGUAGCAUGGCUGAUGUAGCCAUCUUGGCUCGUCAUCUUUUCAUGUCGGAAGUUUUAGAAAUCUGUGAAAGUGUGCAUAAGCUAAUGGAAGAGAAGCAGCUAACAGUAUAUAAGAAGGGUGAAGUACAAACAGUUGCAUCUACCCAGGACUUACCAGAACAAAAUGGAGGCACCGUACCUCCUGUGGCUACCAGCGAGGGGACCGCAACAACAUUACCUACUGAACUUGGGGAUUGUGAGAUUGUACUAUUGGUGAAUGGAGAAUUGCCAGAAACUGAGCAGAAUGGGGAGCUAGGACAGCACUCUGAACCCCAGGUUUCUUCAGAAGCUGAAGCCACUCUGUCACCUGCAGGCUGUAUAACUGGUUCCCAUCCUGAAAUGGAGUCUGCUGAUUUAGUAACAAAAAAUGACGAGACAGUAGUAGAAACUUUAAACAGAGAAGAUAGCGCAGCUUCUGAUAUUAAUCCCAAACUUUCAAAAGAGAAUGUGAUCAGUAACUCUCCAGAAGACAGUAAUAUGGGAAAUGACUCACCAACUGAAGAUAUCUGUGCUGAAGACAUUCCAGAGCAUAUGCAGAACCUUACUCAGUCCUUAAAAGAUCAGGAAAAUCUGGUUGCGCUAACAGCAAAGCCCGACCUUAGCACUGAUGAUGAAACUUACAGAAGCAGGCUUCGGCAGCGUUCUGUUAAUGAAGGGGGAUAUAUCCGACUACACAAAGGAAUAGAGAAAAAGCUACAGAAACGGAAAGCCAUUCCCAAGUCAGCAGUUCAACAGGUAGCCCAGAAAUUAGUUCAAAGAGGGAAAAAAAUGAAACAGCCAAAAAGGGAUACGAAAGAGAAUACUGAAGAAGCAGCAUCCCAUAAAUGUGGGGAAUGUGGAAUGGUUUUUCAGAGACGAUAUGCCCUUAUAAUGCAUACACUGAAACACGAAAGAGCUAGAGAUUACAAAUGUCCGUUGUGUAAAAAACAGUUUCAGUACAGUGCCUCCUUGCGAGCACAUCUUAUUCGACAUACCAGAAAAGAUGCACCCACUUCAUCCUCUUCCAAUUCCACGUCUAAUGAGACAUCAGGAACAUCGUCGGAGAAGGGGAGAACCAAACGAGAAUUUAUAUGUUCCAUAUGUGGAAGGACAUUACCUAAGUUAUAUUCUCUUCGAAUACACAUGUUAAAGCAUACAGGUGUAAAGCCACAUGCGUGCCAGGUCUGUGGCAAGACUUUCAUCUAUAAACAUGGCCUAAAAUUGCACCAGAGUCUCCAUCAAUCACAAAAGCAGUUCCAGUGUGAACUAUGUGUUAAGUCAUUUGUUACCAAACGGAGUCUGCAAGAACAUAUGAGUAUUCACACAGGAGAGUCCAAGUACCUUUGCUCAGUUUGUGGAAAGUCUUUUCACAGGGGCUCUGGCCUCAGCAAGCACCUAAAGAAACACCAGCCAAAGCCUGAAGUUCGAGGCUAUCAUUGUACUCAAUGUGAAAAAAGUUUCUUUGAAGCUAGAGAUCUUCGUCAGCACAUGAACAAACAUCUUGGUGUGAAGCCAUUCCAGUGCCAAUAUUGUGAUAAGUGCUAUAGUUGGAAGAAGGAUUGGUAUUCCCAUGUGAAGUCUCAUUCUGUCACUGAGCCUUAUAGGUGUAAUAUAUGUGGCAAAGAGUUUUAUGAAAAAGCAUUGUUCAGAAGGCACGUCAAGAAAGCUACCCAUGGAAAAAAAGGAAGAGCGAAGCAGAACCUGGAACGGGUGUGUGAACAAUGUGGAAGAAAAUUCACUCAGCUAAGAGAGUAUAGGAGACACAUGAACAACCACGAAGGAGUUAAGCCAUUUGAAUGCUUAACGUGUGGAGUAGCUUGGGCUGAUGCCCGAUCUCUAAAACGCCACGUCAGAACACAUACUGGCGAGCGGCCCUACGUCUGCCCUGUAUGUAGCGAAGCCUACAUAGACGCUCGAACCCUCCGGAAACAUAUGACUAAAUUCCACAGAGAUUAUGUGCCUUGCAAAAUUAUGCUGGAAAAAGAUACCCUUCAGUUUCAUAACCAAGGAACUCAAGUGGAGCAUGCUGUCAGUAUCUUAACAGCAGACAUGCAGGAACAAGAAAGCAGUGGUCCUCAAGAACUCGAGACGGUGGUCGUGACAGGAGAGACCAUGGAAGCACUCGAAGCCGUUGCAGCUACGGAAGAGUGUCCCUCAGUGUCUACGCUUUCUGACCAAAGUAUUAUGCAAGUGGUUAAUUACGUGCUGGCACAACAGCAAGGACAGAAGCUGUCUGAAGUUGCAGAAGCGAUUCAAACUGUUGAAGUAGAGGUGGCACAUAUCUCAGAAGCAGAGUGAAUAUAGUCCUGGAGAUAAAAAGAAGGGGCAUCUCACUGUAUAUGGAACUCACGGAACAGUGUUUACAGUGCUGUGGGACUGUCUGCCUAGAGCCUGUAUGUCAAGGCUCUGGGCUCUUGGGUGCGGUUUUAACAUUUCUAAACGAUUUGUCUGGCCGAAAGGUUCUGUUAAAAAGUCCAGUUACUGUAAAGAAAUUGGAAACAAAUCUACUUGAUGGCAUUGGUUUAUCAUGGUGUACUUUUUAUGAAUUGGUGUUUAUAAAGGACUGUACUAAAUUAAAAACUGUAUAGUUUCACUUGCAUUUUGACAUUAUUAUAUACUUUGAGUUUAAAAGGCUGCACUAGUCAGAUUUUCUUCUCUUUUAUUCUCAGAAUAGGUUCUGUGA